GGGUAAUUUUCCGAGCGGAGUCUGGUGAAGUCUCUGCACCUCAAGCGGAAUCUCUGGAAGUCUGCUGAAAGUCCGCUGGAGGUCUCUUGUGGACUUGAUGAAUUGCGGCUUUGGACAGCUCUCUGCACUCGCAGACUUCCCUGGCAAAGUCCGAAAGUCUAUAAGUCCGGUGACGUUUGGACUCAGUCUUUAGGUUACAAGUAUAAACAUUACCCUCUAGCGCUCGGAGCCUGAACUUCUCAUUGCCUCGUCAUGGCGGCACAGACCCGUGCACUGGUGUCAGGUCAGUGGCUGGCAGAUGCUAUCAGAAAUAACCUCGUCGGCCCCAAACUGCGCAUUCUUGACAGCUCAUGGUACCUACCGAAAACGAAACGGAACGCGAGAGCUGAAUUUGUGCAGACGCACAUACCGGGCUCCUCGUUCUUUGAUAUAGACGAAUGUUCUGACCAGAGUUCCGCGUUAGAUCACAUGCUCCCAACUUCCAGCCACUUCUCCCAGUAUGUAGGAGAUCUGGGCAUUGGGAACGAUACGCACGUAGUUGUGUAUGACACCAGCGAUUUUGGGUCGUACAGCGCGCCCCGGGUGUGGUGGAUGUUCCGGCUGUUCGGACACAAUUUGGUCUCGGUGCUGGACGGUGGCAUGAAGAACUGGCUAGCUGACGGUCAUCCGGUGACAUCUGAGUGCUCCAAGCCAGAGCACAGAGAGUUCAAGGCGGUUAUAAAUCAAUCAUGGGUGAAGAGUUAUGAGGACUUGCUGGAGAACAUCAACACCAAGCAGGUCCAGGUUGUGGAUGCCAGGUCUGCCGGCAGGUUUAGGGGAGUUGAGCCAGAGCCCAGAGAUGACACACUGCCAGGCCAUUUCCCCGGUGCAAUCAACAUGCCUUUCACUUCUUUCAUGGGUGCUUCUGGAAAGGAGCUGGGAACUGAGGACCUGUCCAAACUGUUCAGAGAAGCAGGGGUGAACGUGGAGCAGCCAUUCUGGGUUUCCUGUGGGUCUGGUGUCACAGCGUGUCAUGUCGUUCUGGCUGCUCACCUGCUUGGGCACAAUGGGGUGUGUGUUUAUGAUGGCUCCUGGUCUGAAUGGUUUAAAAGGGCAUCUCCAGAGCAUAUCAUCUCAGAGGGAGAGGGAAAGAAGGUGUGAAACGAACAACGAGACGCGGUGCACUAAUGUUACUUUACAAGAGAAAGCACUGUGUUUGCUACCAACAAGUGAAGCAAUUACAUCAGUAUAAAACUGGUCUCAUAGCACCUUCCAACUGCAGAGCAUACUUUACGCUAAUACUCAGUACAUGCGGCAAGCUGUGCAUAGUGAGCACAGUAGUAGGUUACAACAUCUAUCAGAAACUUUUAAUGAAAAUCUCAUCUAUGCAAACUAUCUAACUUUUCAUUACAGGAAAGAGGCAUACAUUUUACAAAGGUUUACAACUAUCCUGAAAUAAGAUGGUAUGCUUUGUUUCACAUCGAAUGAUCAGAUAUAUUUUUGAUGCAUUUGAAAGAUAUAACAUCUUCAACGUGUUUAAAAUAGUACAAUUAUGGGAAUUUCUUCCAAGAAGGUUCAGCUGUAUUAAGAGAAGGGAUUUUUGAUUCUUGGAAAAGGUGCGUUUUCUUGGUAGGAGGAUGGCAUGUGGAUAUACUGCAUUCUUUACAAAUGUUGAAAUAAAUGGAUGCUUGAGUUUCUUGUUUUUUCACACUACAUACAGGUAGAUUGUCGUAUCCUUUUUCAAUAUGUCUAGCUCAUGUCAUGAAGAUUCCUGUAUUCAUUAACCAGAAAAGUAAAUAUUUAGCUUAGUUAGACGGUUGUGGAGGACAGAAGGGUAAAAUACUGUAGAUGGCAAAAUGAUUGAUUGAGAACAGUUACAUUAUAAUUCAGUAGAGUGAUUUUAGUCUUCCUCAUAUAGCUCCAGUCCAAUGCUGAUUUUGUCAGUAUUUUUUACUUCAUAACUUUAAUAACUGUUGCAUUUAAAGAUACAUUUACAAAACCUAUUGUGAACUCAGUGCUUUAAAAACGUGAAGCUGAUAGACCCACAAAAAUCCUGCAGCUUUUGCUGAGAAGCCUCUUGCAUGUAACAUAAAAAUUUGAGAUGCUGACGCAGAGGAAAUCAAAACCAGUUCAAUCCGGUUUCUGUGCUUGAUAUUUGAGGUGUCUGGCAAGAUGCCCGAUUACCAAAAACAAAGUUGAUGUAUUUUUAGUUUUGUUACACCAUGGUGGUACUGUGUGCAACUGUACCUUUUACUGUAUAUAACUGAUAUGUGACCAGAAAUGCAUAAUAAUGUUGGAGGGGGGGGGGGGGGUUAUAAAUGGCUAAGGAGGUGUCCCAUUUUGAGAGUGGCUUAGAAGAUUUCACUGAGUCUGUGCACUUAUUCCAACCUGCAUAGUCCUCUUUUGAUAUAGGCAAAAUUAUAUUUUUGUUUUUGAACUGUUAAACAUAGGGUAUAGUGAGUUAUGUUAAUCAUUGUUUAUGAUGUCAGCUGUUACUAUGUUCCACUGAGGCAAAAAGAAACAUGUAGAGACCAGAACAAAAGAGCAUUACGACUGGGCAAAAGAGAAUGAACAAGUCAUUUUGAACAAUUCUUCUUGAGCUGAGGACUUUGACCACUGUAUCUGCAGGGGAACAUACUGCUUCAAAUAAAGCAAAUCUCACACUCUGA